AUGUUCUUCCGAGCUUCAAGGCUACGACAGCUCAUAAUUGUAAGCACUGUAUUAGGAAUUAUAUUCUUAAUCAAUACAGCUAAUUUUAAAAACGAUGCUGAACCUACUACCUUGAAGGAUUUCAACAUUGUUGUAUCUGGUCAUGAUGGAGUGGAAGAUGGCAAGUUAGGAGGAUCUGCCAACAUAGAUAAAACAAUUGAUGCAAGGAAAAAAUCUCUACUUCAACAAACAUGCCGAGUGCCUAAGCUAGACAUCAAUGGCACAGAGGUUCGAGGCUUCUUCCACACACCUCAACCUCUACCAUGCGGAAAAUCUGCGAAGAACUGGGUUUUUAUUGAUGAUAAUGGUGAUCUACAGAUUAGCUCUGAUAGAAAAUCAGCAAAUUGUAAAAUAACUUACUUUUUGCGAAAAAAUGGAGGUGAAAACACUUACCUCGCUCCGGUUGAAGUUGUUUUUGGGAAACCAAUGAAAUAUGAUUUUGGUAAAGUCUUCUGUACAGAUGCUGCAAGUGGCCGAAAGUGGUCGAACUUGCUUAUGUCUGCUGCCAAAAUUGACGUGGUAGAAGAACGAUUGAAGAAGUCGUUCGAGAAAGAUAAUGAAAAAACAAAUGUCUUCAUCUUGGUGUUCGACUCAUUGAGUCAAUUAUCUUUUCGUAGGAAGUUACCUAAAACAGUCGAAUAUUUGGAAAAAGUACUGGGUUCCACUGUAUUAAAUGGAUAUAACAUCGUUGGUGAUGGUACCCCUCAAGCUAUCAUUCCAAUCCUCACAGCAUCUACUGAAGUAGAACUACCAUUGACUAGGAAAAGAUAUCGCGAAGCAAAUUACGUAGACGAUGUUUAUCCUUUCAUCUGGAACAACUUUUCAUCUGAAGGGUAUGCCACUAUCUACGGAGAGGACGCUUUUAAUAUCGGUACUUUCACAUAUCGUCUGAAAGGUUUCCGAAAACAACCGACAGACCAUUAUCUGACCCCAUUUUUCAAAGACUAUGAAGCAAAAGGAGGAGGUCAUUGUUUAGGAUCGGAGCCACUGCAUAAGUCAUGGUUUUCUUAUGCAAAACAAUUUAUGAAAAUUUACAAGCCAUAUCCAAGGUUUUUAUUGAUGCAUCAAUCUCUUUUGUCACACGACGAUAUUAAUCUUGUUCAAGUUGAAGACGAUGAUCUCUACAAAUUCUUGAAGAAUAUGAAUGAAGAAGGAUAUUUUGAUGAUUCGAUGGUAAUUAUCAUGGCUGAUCAUGGACAUCGCUUUGCAAAGUUGAGAGAGACACAACAAGGCCAACUAGAAGAACGCUUGCCAUUCGUGUCCGUUUCUCUUCCUGCGAAGAUGAGGGAGACUACAGUAGGAAAACAAAUGCAGGAGAACUUAAUCAGAAACAAAGAAAAGUUGUCCACACCUUUCGAUCUACAUGCGACUCUUAUGGAUAUUUUAUAUACUCCUAUAUUGAGCGAUCUCACAUCAGUUCAAUCAGGUAAAGAGAGAAGCCUCUCUUUAUUCAGGCCCAUUCCUGAGUCACGAACCUGCGAUACAGCUGGAAUAGAACCUCAUUGGUGUACCUGCUUGAACUGGGUGGAUGCCUUGAAAACUUCCGAAGAUAAAGAAGUAUCUUAUAAACUUGCUAAUCAUGUCGUCAGUGCCAUAAAUGGAGAAUUAGCUAAUGUAACUGAACUUUGUGCUCCAUUAAAGCUCAAAGAACUGAUAUAUGCCAAAAAAUUGAUCCCAAACGAUGAUCUCUUGAAGUAUAAAAAUGUAAAGGACACUGAUGGGUUUGUUCCUGAUUUAUCGGGUAAUACUAAAGCUGUAUUUGCUCACUAUCAGCUGAAGUUUUCUACAAGUCCCGGAAGAGCGGUUUAUGAAAUCACGCUGUUCUACGACACAUUAGUGAACAACUUGUACUUGGAUUUAUCAGCCAUCAGUCAUGUAUCUAAAUAUGGAGAUGAUCCUCAUUGUAUUAUCGACAAAAAUUACUUUCUAGCCACUUAUUGCGUGUGUUAUGACCGGGUUUAA